CCGGCCCGGCCCGAUGAGCCCGUUGUAGCGCGCAAGCCGGGGAGGAGGCGCCGCCGCUGCUUCGCCAUGAAUCUGAGGGGCCUCUUCCAGGACUUUAACCCCAGCAAAUUUCUUAUCUACGCCUGCCUGCUGCUGUUUUCUGUACUACUGGCUCUUCGUCUGGACGGCAUAAUUCAGUGGAGUUACUGGGCUGUCUUUGCUCCAAUAUGGCUAUGGAAACUAAUGGUCAUUGUUGGCGCUUCAGUUGGAACUGGAGUUUGGGCACGAAACCCCCAAUAUCGAGCAGAAGGAGAAACAUGUGUGGAGUUUAAAGCUAUGUUAAUUGCAGUAGGCAUCCACCUACUACUGUUGAUGUUUGAAGUUCUCGUCUGUGACCGGAUUGAAAGAGGAAGCCAUUUCUGGCUUUUGGUCUUCAUGCCAUUGUUCUUCGUCUCUCCGGUGUCGGUUGCAGCUUGUGUGUGGGGGUUCCGACAUGACAGAUCUUUGGAGUUAGAAAUCCUGUGCUCUGUCAACAUUCUGCAGUUUAUAUUCAUUGCGCUAAGACUGGACAAGAUCAUCCACUGGCCAUGGCUUGUGGUUUGUGUUCCACUUUGGAUUUUAAUGUCCUUUCUGUGCCUCGUAGUACUGUACUACAUAGUUUGGUCUGUGCUAUUUUUGCGUUCUAUGGACGUGAUCGCAGAGCAAAGGAGGACACACAUAACGAUGGCCAUCAGCUGGAUGACAAUUGUUGUUCCACUUCUUACAUUUGAGAUACUGCUUGUGCACAAAUUGGAUGGCCAUAAUGCUUUCUCAUGCAUACCUAUAUUUGUCCCACUUUGGCUUUCAUUGAUAACUUUAAUGGCCACAACAUUUGGACAGAAAGGAGGAAACCACUGGUGGUUUGGAAUUCGCAAAGACUUCUGCCAGUUCCUGCUGGAAAUUUUCCCAUUUCUUAGGGAAUAUGGAAAUAUUUCAUAUGAUCUGCAUCAUGAAGAUAACGAGGAAACUGAAGAAACACCUGUUCCGGAACCUCCCAAAAUCGCCCCUAUGUUCCGAAAAAAGACUAGGGUAGUCAUUACACAGAGUCCUGGGAAGUAUGUCAUUCCACCUCCCAAGUUAAAUAUAGAUAUGCCAGAUUAAGAACCUGAAGUUCAGGAGGAGGACAAUAUGUAGUAGCAGGGGAAAUAUAAAUAUACAGGAUCUUUCUGACACUCUACUUGCCUUUCAUGCCCAUAAACUGGAACUGAAAAUCGAUAGCCAAAUGUCUUCAUCUCAUGCUUUGGAGGAUUUGAUGGACACCAUUGAAAGUAUAAAAUAUAGAUAUUGGAAAUAUUUUAACUCAGCUUUUGGGUACAUAAGCGGUUUAGAUUGGCACAUAAAAGCUCAUACUAGCUGUGAAUUUAAUUGGUUUAGUAAAGUUCACGGAUGGCAUACAUGACUGGUUUUAAAAUACUACCAUACCUAUCAAAAAUACUGCUAGGAAAUGUUAUUUUUUAUCCCUGGAUCAUCUAAAUGAAUAUCUCAUAUUUUUCCCGUUUGUGUUAUAGUCUACUGCAAAUGUAAAUAUUUCUCUACCCUACCACUUGUUUGAAAAUAUAGGUAUUAUUUCUUGUGUUCCUACUGUUCUUUAGGCAUGUUGAUAGCUGUCUUACUAGUCCAUUUGGUGACCUUUCUAAUGGAGUGAAUCCAUAACUGUAUAGUAUUUAUAUAUUUUAGCAAUGUAAUAUAUUCGGUUAAAUUCUAGUUCUGUACAGUAUAAAUACAUUAUGUUAAACUAUUUUUUUAAAAGCCUGUAUGUGGAAAUGUGUACUAUUUCAGAAAAUGUCCUUUCAAUUCUUUGAACACAUUAAUGUAUUCUUAGUGUGGCAUUUUACUAAGGAAGGGUGACCAGAGUGAUCGAAAACUGCAUUGAUCUGAAAUUCAGGUCUUUGUAUACUCAGGUCUAGACCUAUCAAUAAACUGGGGACUUUUAAAAUCUGGUGUAGCAGAUAACUAGUUAGCAGAAUAACAAAGCCAAUGCUAUUGGAAGUAGGCAAAUUUCUCUAGUUGAUUCCUGCCUUUCCCUAAUGAAGCAUCAGAUCGUAGAGUCAGCUCAUUGACUGUCUUGAAAUCCCAAGCCCAUUUCAGCUCUAGCCUCUAGAACACCUAGAGAAAUAUGCUUUAUCCAUUUGACAUCCUCCAAUUUGAAGGUUUAUAAGAAAAACAAAUCAGAAUUUAAGAACAGUCUAAAACAUUCUUACCUGCCAGCAAACAGGAACGCUGAUACUUUUCUAUCAAUUAAAAUGUAUUUGUAUUGUCAGUACCAUACUGCUCCAGUGAUUAGAGGUAAGAAAAUCGAUCACUCAUACAUAUCUUUUUUUUAGUCCCCCUCCUCCCCCCGCCAAAAAAAAGCAGUGCGGUGUUGAUGAUAACCUUUCAGGGUAUGACUUGAAGAGGGUGGGGUCAUAAUUUAGGUAAAAGUCUAAAUUGAAUUUCAUGUAAAUUAUGUAAAUUACCAUAAUAACCUUUGCACUGGCCUGGAGCAAAUAUGUUCUGUUUAAAAAAAAAAUGUAGUUCCUCCAGUUUUGUGUGUAAACAAUUUAGCUAAAAUUCACAAUUUUUUCCUACCCAGCUGUUCAAUAAAUUCCCAUUUUUCAUGUGCACAAUGCGUAGGUUAUUUUAUUUGAUCAGAGAAGUCCAGUUGAACUUAUUCUGCUAUUAUGGAGUUUGUGUGCUGCUGUAAACAGCUCAGACUCAUGGAUAUCAGCAAAACAUCUUUAGAACUUUAUUCAGGGAGACAAGUGCUUUAUGGAAGAAAAACUUGAAGCCCAUAACAAUUCCACAGAUGUUUGCCAAGUACAGUAAUUCAGUUGCGGCUAUGACAGUUCUUAAAAGUUAGGAUCAAAACUGGGUUGUGUCCUAGUUCUAACACAUUGUAAUGGCUCGUAAUAGCCAAAUGUAUCUGUCAUUUCAACAAAUAAUGCUAUUGUAGUACUUUCUCUGCUAAGAAAAUGCUAUAGUGCAUGAUUUGUUUUAAGACAAGUGAAAGCACACUUUAUUUUUGUUGUUGCAGUUUUCUAAGAAAUGAAAUAAAUUCUUCCAGCAUUUAAGUACCAAGUAAUCGCCUGCAGGAACUCAAGGACGAGUCAAACUUACCUGAACUUCCUAAGGUUGAGCAUAGAUUUUAAAAUUUGGAUGGUGUUAAAAUAUACAAAUUGUGAUACUUCUGGCAAGGGACAAUAUCAUUUAGCUGUCUUUUCAUGCUUUUGAGAAGCCACUUUAAUUGUACUCAAAUAUGGCUGACCAGUACACAGUUGUAAUACCACUUGUGCCCAACCAGAGUAUAUUGCAUUUUCUAUCACAGUUACUGCUUGAUUGUCAAGUAAAGUCCCAUAUUAGAGCCAUUGUAAUUAUCAGUGAUUUAUGGGCAAACCAAGGUAUGUUGAUUCUUGAUAAGGGCUAUAGCAGAAAAGAGUUUGUGAAUCCCAGUGUAAAAAUGUGGUGUUAAUUAAAGUAAUGGAAUUACAUGUGCAGUUAA